AUGUCUCCCAAAUACACACUAGUGUUGCUACUUGCAUUAGUUUUCGCUUCAAUCUCAUUUGCUAAUCACUACAAGCCUCCACAUGGAAAGCCUCCACAUAAGCCUCCUACAGAGGAGUUAUCCCUAGAGGAGCAAGAGAACUCACAAGAAAAUGCCAACCCAUCGGGAUAUUAUAAGCCUCCACACAAAAAGCCACCUCCAAAGCACAAGCCACCAACCACCACCCUUGAGAAUGAGCUUUCUGUGACAGAGAAGCCAUACACAGAACCCAAACCAUCAGCGUAUCACAAACGUCAUCCUGGACACCCUCCAGUGGUGGAGGAGGAGAAGGUGGAAGAAGACAAUUAUCCUCACAAGCCUCCACACAAUCCACACAGGCCUCCCACUGCAAACAGUUACAAGCCUCCCUAUAAGCCUCCACACAAGCCUCCUCACAAGCCUCCCACUGCCAACUGA